AUCUUUGUUUGCGCAUUGAGUGAGAAUUUAUUUCUACGAGCUUCUUCUUUUCCGAUUCCGAGAAGCAGGAAGAUGUUCAAGAACACGUUUCAGUCUGGGUUUCUAUCUAUUUUGUACAGUCUAGGAAGUAAGCCUCUUCAGAUAUGGGAUAAAGAAGUUGACGAUGGCCAUGUGAAGCGUUGCCAUGAUGAUGACAUUCAAUCCAAUGUGCUUGAAGUAGUUGGAUCAAACAUCCAGUCUACAUACAUUACAUGUCCUGCUGAUCUUUCCGCGACUCUUGGUAUCAAACUUCCCUUUUUGGUCUUGGUAGUAAAGAAUAUGAAGAAAUAUUUCUCCUUCGAGAUUCAAAUUCUGGACGACAAGAAUGUGCGCCGGCGUUUCCGAGCUUCUAACUUUCAAUCUGUCACUAGAGUGAAGCCAUAUAUUUGCACAAUGCCAUUAAAGAUGGAUGAGGGAUGGAAUCAAAUCCAGCUGAACUUAGCUGAUCUCACUAAGAGAGCUUAUGGGACGAACUACGCUGAGACAUUGCGAGUUCAGAUUCAUGCUAACUGCCGUCUCCGGCGGAUAUAUUUUGCUGACCGUCUCUACUCAGAAGAGGAGCUUCCUCCUGAAUUCAAGCUGUAUCUUCCUGUGCAGGUUUGGAUUUUUCACUGUUUAGUUACAAUCUUUACCUUUUUUCUCUUGCCGCUGUUCUUUUUUACUUACAGAGCAUACUUUUUUGUUCGACUGCAGAAAGCAUGA